UCAUGACGUGUCGACAAAGUGUCAAACAGAGGGAUGUAAAGAUGAUCGAAAACUCUCCGGAUAAACUUGUUAACUUCCAGUUUGCCGUAAGCGUAGUGUAGAAACCAUCCUUAUUUGAGUCGCCUGUAGCUGUAGUAUCAUAGAGUAGUUACUGCUGAAUGGUGGAGUUGAGGAAAUUGGUUUAACUUACUUUUGAAUCGCGUCAUGAGAGUCUGGCUAACUUAACGAGCUAACAGGAGCCUGGAGUCGGUAAACUAGCUAAAGUAAACAGUAGCAUUACAGCCGGCUUAGCUAGUUGGAAUAUGUAACUAACACACGGCCGGUAAGUCAGGUAGCCCCUUCGCCUAGUCUUUUCGUUUGUCUGUAGCUAGUGUUGGGAGCCUCAGCCGGCCGGCCGGCUAACGCUAACGUUACCGAGCGGAGGAUGAUGUCUCGGAGGCGGCUGGACAGUCGUAGCGGAAUUUCCGCAGGGCUACUCACCGAAAUUCAGACCUCAAUCACCACGGAGCCACUGGAAAGUGUAUAUGAAAUCACCGGAGAGUUGGGCAGGGGUAAGUUUGCUGUGGUUAAACGCUGUGUGGAGAAAGCCACAGGCAAAGUGUUCGCCGCCAAGUUUCUAAGGAAGAGGAGACGAGGCCGUGACUGCCGAGCAGAAGUCAUCCAUGAGAUGGCUGUUCUAGAGAUGAGCCGUAACAACGCCCGAGUGGUCAACCUACACACAGCCUACGAGACGGAUCAUGACAUCGUCUUACUGCUGGAAUAUGCAGCAGGUGGCGAGAUCUUUGACCACUGCGUGUCUGAGGAACUGCUACCAGAGGUCCAGAUCACCGUCUGAUUAGACAACACUGAGGGAGUCCACCAUCUGCACCAGAGCAACCUAGUCCACUUAGACCUAAAGCCACAGAAUAUUCUCCUGACAAGCCUGUCUCCUCCAGGAGACAUAAAAAUUGUGGACUUUGGCCUGGCACGCAGACUGGGUGCGGUUGGAGAGCUCAGGGAAAUUCUUGGCACACCUGAAUAUGUGGCUCCAGAGAUCCUGAAUUAUGAGCCAAUCACAACAGCAACAGACCUGUGGAGUGUGGGUGUCAUAGCCUAUAUGCUAGUGACGGGUGAGUCUCCAUUCGUGGGGGAUGACAAGCAGGAGACUUAUCUGAACGUGUCGCAAGUCAAUGUGGACUACAGCAGGGAGGCAUUCUCCAGAGUGUCGGAGCUGGCCGUGGACUUCAUCCGCAAGCUUCUGGUCAAAGCUCCAGAGGACCGACCCAGCGCUGCAGAAUGCAUGAGUCACCCCUGGCUGUGGCAGCCACAGCUCUGCCUGAGUCCGGAGCCCACCGCCACCCGCAUCAUCCGAGAGAGAAGCUGCGGCAUCAAAUGGGCCGCCCCACCCGAAGACACCGAAGACAAGGAGAACUUCCUUGAGUCACCCCACUCCCAGGCAAAACGGUUUCGCUUUGAUGAGGAUGCACCACCCACUGCAGGAGAAGGUGACUUUUGAAAAGGCAAACAAAAGGGAGGAAUUGAAGUGUCUGCUCUUUUUCCUCUGAGCUUUUAAAUAGUUUUAAGCCUCCAGAAAACCAGCUGUCACAGUCGUCACUGCCCGUCAGUAUGUAGGUGUUUAUUGAUAUGCCACUAAUGAAUCAACUGAAAGAUGUGCAUUUCAAACCAAAGAUAACCAGCUAAUUUUUGAGAUGCAUCACUGAUCCACGUGUUAAAUGUAAAUAAUGUCAGUUUAACCUGAAGUAUUUAAUAGAUGUUGUCAUUAAAGGUUCAAUAUGUGAGAUUUUCUUGUGCUAGUGGACUUACGUGAAGUUUGUGUUGAAAAUUGUUUGCGUCUAAGUUCUUUAUCAUCUUUGUUCUGCAUCUCUACAGUGGCAGCACAAACUACUCUUUGCUACAAAAGGUUGGUGUUAGAAUAGAUCAGCUGAAAAGCCCCCCUACUCUGCCACUACUCUACUCUGUGAUUGGUUGUUUGGCAGCAUUAGCUGAAUGCUAAUCGACUAGUAUCUCACACUGACACACUCAUCUUGAAACAGUGCAAAUGUACCCACAUAGAGGCGUUUCCCUUCUUCAAGUUAUAAUAUUUGUGUUCUGUUGAUUUGGAAAAUAACGAGCAAACAAGUAAUUUGACACGAUUUGUGCUUCAUUGUCUGAGUAAUUAAAUGUGAUUAGAUCCUGAAGAAAAUUUGACAACAGUACAGAUGUUAAUGUUGGCGUUAGCAUUAGCACUUACAGCAGACUCAGAUCCAUGCUAGCAGCAACUCUGAGAAAUACAGUCAACAUCAGCGCAAGACAGAUUUCAACACAAACCUCAUGUAAGCACCCAAACAUGCUUGACUCUUCUAUAUUGUGCCUUUACAUUCUCUGGUAUUGUUUUAAAGGGCUGCAUAAAUCCACUCCUGGUUGAGUGCUGACUUGUCCCUGUACAGAUGAAGGCUGGUAUGAACUGUUUGAUUGAAAUUCUAUGCAAUACAGCACAUGCAUGUUUUAAAUGUCUUUCUACCAAGAUCCUUAUGGUCUGUUUUUCAUACUCAGAAGAAAAACAGUUUGGCAGAAAUACACCUCAUCCCAUCUAGAUAUGCACUUUUGCAACAAAGAUGUGUGGUCAUGCAUUUAUUUGCAUGCAGAGAGAAAUGGGCACAGAUUGACAGCAGCAUAAUGGCAGAAACCAGACAUUUUCUAAUAGCAUCUCCACUGGUUUUCAAUAGAAGUUAGUAAAAUAUGCUGCUGUUCAUGUCGUGAUCCUAUUUCUCACCACCUGAAAUGUUACAUUUCCCAUUCCAGCUGCACUCUCUCUGCAGAAUUUCACUAAAAAAAUGUUUAACAUUCCUUCUAUAUUAGCCUUCCACCACACCACAAUUUGGUAUUUUCUGUUUUAAAAUGAGCUCAGGGUUUCAGAUUAAAGGUCAGUAGCUCAAGUUCCCUCCCAUCCAGCAUUUAGUGAAAGGAGGCUUGAAUUUAACUCGUAGGGGUUUCGGUACACUGCAUAUCAUUCUGGACUAAGAUUGAAACUGUGUUCAGCAAAAAAACAAAACAAAAAGCAAACAAAAAAGUGACUUGUGUGCUUGUUCACAGGACACACCCGCACUUGCUCAAACAAUUUCCCCUCUGAGCUGUCACUUCCUCUUUGUUCCAGGAACCAGACAUUAGCACUUACUUCAGAAGCAAAUGUAUUGAUCUGAUAAGCUGUUUGUGAAACUUAGGAUGUUUGCCUGUCCUCGAGACUUGUUUUAGUUGUACUUUUUUCAGUUCCUCACCAAAGCCAUCCAGACUGCCCUCAUUAAAAAAGCUCCUGUAGUUUCUCUCGGGUGCCUGAAGUCAUACAUCUAUAGAAGUAUCUGUGUCUUCUGUUGUUUUCAUCUCAGGGCGUGCUGCUCACUUCUCUGCUCAUCUUGUUUUGUAUCUUAAUGUUAUUAUCCUUAGAAGCCUAUUCUUAUUUAUACAUGCUGGACUUAUACUUUAUAUUUUUAUGUAAAUAUUGUGCUCACGUGUCUUUAGUGGAUUGAUGGGAGAAGAUGGGUGAUUUGUUAAAAUGACUGGAUGCUGUCGUCAUUAAUGUGCAUUGAAAAAUCAGCGGGAGCGUUGAAGUAGUGAGAAUAAAGGGAACAGGUUAAUGGGAGGUAAGACAGGUCGAAGAGAUGACGUGGGUAGUGUCAGGGAGAGGGAGGAUGAUGAAAUAUUUAGAAGGAUUGGAAAUGUUUCAGUCCAGGGCUGCGUCAUGUGAUUAAAGUCUCAGAUCCCAAUGCCAGUCAUUUCAUAUCCACCUCAUGCUAUAGAUCACAUUCAGUACAAUGUCUGUACAUAAAGUGUACAUGAAAUGACCACAUGGAGAGGCCUACUGCUCAACACAGUUUAAUGAUUCAACAACAAAUAAAAGAUUCUUACUUAUAUUUGAUUAUAAUUCUCCUUUUAUUUUAAUUUUGAUUACAUUUUUAUGUAAUAAAAAGUUAUUGUAGGAAAUCAAGAGAUCCACUGAUCUGAUCAGGACAGAUGUGAUGCUGAUGUUCAAAGAAGUAAUUUGAUCAAGACAUCGUUAGUUCCAAAGCUUUUAUUAUUUUUACUUUUUUCAUGUGUAGCAUACCAGCUGUUAGCAUGCUAACGCUAAGCUAAAUAUUUAGCUGUAUGUAAUAGCAGGCUAAAAUAUCUCGAUCUCUCCAAGAGGCUGCAUGCAAUAAAAACUCUUAAACCCUGCCCACUCUAUGAGACUUUGGCCAAACUAACAUUCACACAUCCAAUUAGUUUUUCCCAAAUGUGUUUUCAGUUUCUUCACGUACAUGUUGCACCUCAGAGUAUAACUCCACUGUGCUGGUUGGGUCACGUGGUUUAUAUCAGUGAACAGUGAAUUUAACGUAAAUGAAUGACCAUUUCCUGUUGACUCUGGACAUUUACAUACACUUAACCCACUUAAGUAGUCUGACUCACAGUGACUCUAAUCCUAUUUGGGUCUCCAACACUCUCUGAGCUGCAACUACUGAAAAUGCCAAGUUUUGACAAAGACAAAUGUAGCUUUUUGUGGCAGAGGGCUUAGUUUAACAUCACCAAUAUCCGCCCGAAAGACUUCUUUCACAACAGUACUUUGCAGUUCUGCGUCCUCUCAGCGUCGCACAACAUGAGUGUGAUUAUUCCAGAAUGACUUUGGAUGGUGCCAGACCUAUCUCCAGCUCUGGGGCAGUGCUGUGAAGUGUGGAAAUAGGUUUGGAUAUCUGAAAGAAGUCAAUUCACUCAAAUGUCAUGUGAAUAUCAGCUGACAGACUAGUGCAUCCCUUGGAAGUUUUGCUGUAUAGUGUAUGAUUUAGCAUAAUGUAAAAUGAUAGUUGAUGUUUUCCUGUAGUCACAUGACUAGAAUCGCAUGGCACAGCCCUAUGGAAGUGUGAAGGAAGCAUUUAAUGCAGGUGAUUAUAAAGUUUUAAGGAUGAGAUAUGUGAAUAUGGAAGGAUUUAGCAGGGCACAAGGAAGGAUGGAUGAUUCAGUGUAAGGUUGUAGAAUGAGCUGCAGGUCAGUCCUCAGUGACAGAACCACUGUAUAAUGUGAAACACCAGGUGCUAUCGACUCACAGGAUCCGCCUUCUUUAGAUCAAGUCAGACUUGAAUAAAAACAGUACGUUCACCUCUUUCUGGUGCAGCGCAGGCAGCUCUGGCCACUCAAGAACAUUCCUGUUUGCAUGUUGUGAGUUUGUGCCAAACUGAAUGAGAAAAGCACAUUGUGUUUGGUUGGUGCUUGUGGUGGAGGUUUGAUCACCAGCUGGUACAAAGGGUUUUGUGUGACACGUGGGCAUCUCCAGCUUCGCCACCGCUCUCAUCUGCACACUGUCAACCCGACAAACUUAAAAACAAAACUGGAAAAGCACACUGUAAAAAAUGUCAUCUGUAGGUGUGAGCAGUCUGCCGUUUGGUUGUCUCAGGUGUUUUAAGAGCCGGAGCAGAAGCACAUCUCUGUCGCUACUGUUUGAGGAAGUAACUUGAAUCCUAUUUCAUCUCAACCAGGGCUGCACAAUAUGUGGUUUCAGCAUCUCUAGUGCAAUAGUCACAUCACAGGACAUGUGAUGUUGCAGUGUCUAGUUUUUUUCUGGCAGGACACACGCUGUCAAUUCAGACAAAUAUUUGAGGUGUGUCUUACAUUUUUACUGCUUGAAGUUAAAGGAAAAGCUCAUGACUAGUCAGAUUGGAAGUUUCUUGGAUUGCGGGCUUUUAGAUAAUGGCAUAAAGUGUUUAUAUAAGUUGAUAUUAAUAGUUAUCACAACAAAUGAUAAAUAAAUAUUCGUUCAGUUUCAGGUUUAUUUGUGGUUUGAAACUUGUUUAUGAUCUGACCGUGACAAACAGCUUAAAUCUAGAUGGAGCACAUUAAAAACAAUUAGAAUCAAAGAGUUCAAUAUCAAAAUUAAAAUGAAGUUAAACAAAAUAUAGAAAUAGUUUGUAAAACAAAAAAAAUCAUAUUGCAAAAAUUUAUCAGAGUACAAGGGCCACACUGGGGGUAAAACAGUGAUAAAAGGAAAAGAAGAGACUAGGCAAACACUGUAGUAUGAGAAUAAAAGCAAGAAUGAAAUCCAAGUAUUCGGAGGGGACAAAACAUCAUUACAAGUAUCAAAAGAAAAAAGGUAACAUUCUGAAUUUUUGUAAUUAUAUCUGUAUUCAUUUUCUUAAUAGAAUUUAAUGUCAUAUAGCAUCAAAUAACUUCAUCACUGUUGACUCAAACUGAAAUAUUAUUUAUCAACUUGGAAUUUGGACAACACUCCUAAUAUGAAGUUUUUCUCUCAUCUUACAACUCUUUAUCCCAUAAUGACUUUUUUUCCUCAAAAGAAAUGUCUUGAAGUGUACUUUUUUUCUUGAAACUUUAUUUUCAGUGUGACCUAAUUCUUCAUACCAUGUUUUCCCCUCAUUGUGCUCCUAAUACUUUGGGUAAGGUUUGUUUUUUUUUGUUUUUUUUUGCGAAACAUUAAUGCAUUUGUGUUUUUUUCACAUUGCAAUAUAUAUUGCAGAAAUAUACACUAUUGUAAUUAAGGUUGGGCAAUAUUGCCAUUAAAUUAAAUGGAUUUCUCUCAUUAUUAUGGGUGAUUUGUGUUUUUAAUUCAUUUUUUGUCUAAAUGGUUGAGAAUAGGUUUCUUUUUAUAAAUAAAUCAAUUUUAUGAUUUAGUAUUUUUACUUGCAACUUACUGCAGGGAAAAAAAAAACAAAAAAAACAUUGCAGUUUAAGUUUUUUUCUAAUAUUGUGCAGCCCUAACGUAUGGAGUGAAAUCCUUUGAGUGUUUCUCUACAUUCCAGCUCGAAUGACAAGACUUAAGUGUUUAUUGUUGAAGUCGAGUUGUGCAGGAACAACUGAAAUGCUGUGUUUGGUGUUGAGAUGCAGCGUGGUUUUUGUUUCUUUUUUUUUUUUUUUUGGUAGUGCAGUGAUGUCAGGCGGCCCCAGACCCCGUGGCCUCCUCUUCUUCCUGCAGGGUGACGACAUGCUUGAACAGGGCUGGACUGAGCUGCUCGUGUUUGCUGCCAUUGUCUGUCUGUCACUUGAACAUGACUUAUGCUGUGGUGUUGCUGUUGUUAUGUUGCACACGGCUAUUGUUCUGUUAUUUUGAGCUGCCUCGUCUUCUGUGUGUGUGUGUGGGGCCCAUUGUCUGAGCGGGUUGUGUCCUCCUCAAGAAAAGUGGAGCAUCAGUAACACCAGGCCUCUGUUGUCACCACACAUUCCUGUUUGUUUUUACACGCAGACACUGAGGGAUACUGUAAAAACUAGAGUCCGAACCAGCCACAAGCACAAAAACACAUUGAAGAGAUGUAUGUUUAUUUUGUAUUUUAUAUUUUUUUAAUGUAUGAGCGUUCAUUUGAAUUGACUAAACAAAAAAAAGACAUAAUCUGUAUUGUAUUCUGAUCAGCUGCAAGCUAAUAUGUAGGCAUCACAAAGCAAACUGGAAAGCGCAUUAAAGAUUGUAGAAAAUAUGUCAUGGA